GGGCGGCGCGCGGGCAGGCGGGCUUUGUAUGUGUUCGGGGCUCGCGCCGCCAAUGCAGAGCUCCUGCAGCCGCCGCCGCCACUGCCGCGUUGCAAAGGGAAGCGAGAGGAUCCCGGCCACGUAAGCCGCUAUUAAUACCCGCCGUGCUGGGGGAAGAGGAUGCCUUGCUGAAAAGGGGUGGGCUCGGCCAUCCCUUCCUUCCUUCCUCUCCUCCCCAGCUCCGUCUACCUCCAAAACCGACGCCUGCAAGACAUCCAGAAUAUAUAUUCAUGCAUGAUCAAAACAGCUUGUAUCGUCCUUUCUUUGCAUCCCAAGGAAAGAAAGAGAAAGGGGAUCCCCUUCCAUCAUCAUCGUUUGGGUGCUGAUUAUUACUAUUAUUGCUUUAUGGAUAGCUGAAGGAGCGUUUUAUCCUUGGUUGCACUUAUUUUUUUAUUAUUAUUCUGAUCCAAGGGGAAAAGGGAGACAAAUACCCUCAGGGUUUUUGUUUUUGCAGCGCGUGGUGGAUCUUUGUGCACCUUUCUUUCUUUGCCUCCAGCGGAGUCCCAGGUUAUCAAAGGAAGAGGAGGGGGAAAUAACAUCAAAGAUCAAUGACCAAAUAGAGGGGAGAUUCCCACUGAAGGGGACAAGGAACCGAGAGCUUUUUUUCCUCCCCUUGCCGGAGCUUCAUUCUGAAAGUUAAAUGCUCCCUCGUUUCUGGAGAGAGAGAGAGAAGGGGACAAAAAGCACCAGACGCCAUCUACAGUUAAAAGGAAGGUAGAAAGAGCCAGCAGCAUCAUCAUCAUCGCAAUUGCAUCUCGGUUUCUAAAGUAAAGAACGGGAAAUCCUGCCUGCUGGGUAAAGAAACAGUGAGUGCUUUUGAGAGAGGCGUGAUCAAGGAAGACUUGGGAGAGCAACUUCAUACGAUUGUUUUUGUAUUAUUAUUCCUAUUCUGCACAGGACAAAAAGAAGCAAGCGGAUGCUUUGCAAUCGUGGGAAGACUUUGCAUUGCAAAGAGCAACCAAAUCGUAUUUUAUAAUCAUAUAUAUGUAUAUAUAUACACAGAGAAGAAACAACUGAAUGUUUUGUGUGACGCUUUUGGAAGAGGAGAGAUCUGGAUCAGCUCAGGCAAAGAGCAACCGAAUACUCUCAGCCUUUUUGUUAGGCGCUAUUAUUGCACCAAGAAUCCAAACGAAGCAGUGAAUGUGAAGACUUCAGGAAAGAGGGAAGCUACCCAAGACGGAGAGGAACAAUAUUUUUAAUAAUAAUAAUCAUUAUAACAGUACAGAGAAUCCAAGGAAGCAGUGGGUGCUUUGCAAUCUCAGGAAGACUUUGCACCCAAUACUAUUUUCAAUUAUUAUUCGAGUCCAAGGAAGCAGUGGAUGCUUUGCAAUCGCCUGAGGACUUUGCAUAGUAUUUUUUAAUUAUUCUUAAUUACUAAUUUAUUAAUAAUAUUAAUAAUUAAUAUUAUAAUAAUAAGGGAAAUCAAACUAAGCAAGGAGUGCUUUGCAAUCGCGUGAGGACUUUGCGCCCAGGAAGCAAGGACUGAGCAACUUGAUACAGCUUUUUCCACCCCAAAUUAUUAUUAUUAUUUGCAGUCCAGAGAAGGUUGUGACGUUUCUGCCGGGGCGCGCGAGGAGUGUUUUGUUUUGCACCAACUCCAGGGGAUCCCCAGCCUCCCAAGGAAGGAAGGCGGGAGCAGGGGAUCGUGAAGGGAGAUCCCGGCCCGCCGAGGGUGCUUGCGCGCGUGGGGCUUCCCCGGAGGGAGGGCUCGCCGCUCGCUCUCCCGCGCCUUCCCCAUGAACAUACAACGCUCGCCGCCGAUCCCCAUCGCGCGCUAUGGGAGGCCCCCGCGGAGCAAGACGCAGGACUUCGAGGAGCAGCUCGCCGCCUCCGCCGCCUCGUCCGCCAGGCCGCCUCCUUCCAACGCCGCCGCCGAGCCCAGCCCCAGCUUCAGCCCCAACCUCGGCUCGCCCAGCCCGCCAGAGACUCCCAGCUUGUCGCAUUGCGUUUCUUGCCUCGGGAAAUACUUGCUGCUGGAGCCGCUGGAAGGAGACCACAGCUUCCGAGCCGUACAUCUGCACAGCCAGGAGGAGCUCGUCUGCAAGGUGUUUGAUAUUGGCUGCUACCAAGAAUUACUUGCGCCAUGUUUUUGCCUGCCUCCUCAAGACAACAUCAACCAAAUCACUGAAAUCAUUCUUGGAGAGACAAAAGCCUAUGUGUUUUUUGAGAGGAGCUAUGGGGAUAUGCAUUCCUUUGUUCGUACCUGCAAGAAGCUAAAGGAGGAGGAGGCAGCCAAACUCUUCUACCAGAUAGCAUCUGCUGUAGCGCAUUGUCACGACGGUGGACUGGUACUGCGGGAUCUCAAGCUGCGGAAAUUCAUUUUCAAGGAUGAAGAAAGGACUCGAGUAAAAUUAGAGAGCCUUGAAGAUGCAUACAUUUUGAGAGGAAAUGAUGACUCCCUUUCCGAUAAGCAUGGAUGCCCAGCAUAUGUGAGCCCAGAGAUCUUGAAUACAAAUGGCAGCUACUCUGGCAAGGCAGCAGAUGUAUGGAGUCUAGGAGUCAUGCUUUACACAAUGCUCGUUGGACGCUACCCUUUCCAUGACAUUGAGCCUAGUUCCCUCUUCAGCAAAAUCCGCCGUGGGCAGUUCAGCAUUCCAGAGACUUUAUCCCCAAAGGCAAAAUGCCUUAUACGUAGCAUCCUACGCCGGGAACCCUCAGAGAGGCUGACUUCGCAGGAAAUUCUGGACCAUCCUUGGUUUUCCACAGAUUUUAAUGUGUUGAAUUCAGGAUAUGGUGCUAAGGAAGUAACGGAUCAGCUGGUGCCUGACGUCAACAUGGAGGAGGAAGAGGACCCUUUCUUUAACUGAGCAUUAGGACUAGUGUUUGAGUGGCGCGUGGUCCAGAAAAGGCAACAUUGGAGUCCUUUCUGAUCCUGCAGAAUUAUAGUGGUGUCUUGACCUGGCUUGAUAGCAAAAAGACAACUUGAAGGAGUGGUUGUUUUGUGGGUUGUUUUGCUCUUUUGUUUCAGUUUUUGGUUGGAGAAGGAAUGAGCUAACAUAACAAAUGCAGCAUGAGGAUGACUAGAUGGGACAAAUCCUUGCUAUCAGGUUAGAUUGACAUGGAAAUAGAAAGAGGCAGCAGCAUGGAGCAACAGUAACUGCUCAUCUUUAUGGAGCCAAGGACACUGAAUCUUCAUGUUCCAGUGCAGCCACUAAUCCACUCCCAAUUCUGUUUCAUUCAGAUACUUAAUGGUUCCAAGUAAAUAGAGACUUUUGCCUCAAUUUGCAUCUUGGCAUCGCACUGUUAGAUAUAUUUAACUUCAGCCAUUAUUCAGGGAAGGUACAAUUAGCUAUCAUGUUGUUAUAUUAAUUUUUGUUUCCUGUUUCUAAAAUCUGAUGUUUAAUAAUUGCAGUGGGAUUAAUCUUCAGGAGGGCGGGUGGGAAGAGCACAAAGGGAAGACAUGGGAAGUUGGGUGCUAAGUGGAAAGUUUUAUUUCAUGUCUCGGAACAGCUAGUUUUGAAUUCAUUUCUAAAGAAGUGGCUUUGAUUUUUGAGAGGAGAAAAAGAUAUUUGAAAUGCUCUUUUCCCUUAAGGCAGAAAGGGACUGGAACUUCACAAGUUGGGUAGUAUAUGGUUUUGUCCCCCUUUGCUAAUGGAAGGACAUUUACUUUUGGGGUUUUUUGGUUUCGUGUCAGGAGCAACCUGAGUUGCUUCUGGGGUGAGAGAAUUGGCCGUCUGCAGGGACAUUGCCCAGGGGACGCCCGGAUGUUUUGAUGUUUUACCAUCCUUGUGGGAGGCUUCUCUUAUGCAUGGAGCUGGAGCUGAUAGAGGGAGCUCAUCCGCGCUCUCCCCGGGUGGGAUUUGAACCUGGCAGCCUUCAAGUCAGCAGCCCAACCUUCAAGUCACAAGGCUUUAAUCCACUAGGCCACGGGUUUUUUUUGGGGUAAAUACAAUUAUCUCCCCUCAGCUGAUGGAAGGCUGUUUGAUGCAGCAGACACAAGAACCUGAAUAGUGGAUGGAGAUUCCUUCUCCAACCUCCUCCCAUCUUCAAAGGGUGGAUGACUCUUGGAGCAGUAUGGAAGGUCAGUGGCAUUAGGGGCUUCAGAGAAAAUACAGAGCCUCCCCUUAUCUUCAUGCGAAGCCCCUGCUACAAAUUGGAGUCUUCCAUCAGCAGAACACAGCUGGAUACGACCCAUUCUGGAAGAGUCUGGGGUUUUGGUCAAAUGGCUUUGUUGCAGGAGGCAAUUACAGGUCAGCCUUCCAGAUGUGUUUGCUAAGCAAAUCAUGAUUCUCAAAAUAAAUAAAAUAAAGCAGGCGAUUUGAAAUACUGGCUUCCAUGGUCCCACACUGCACAUAAAAUGUCACCAUAUUUGUGGGCAGCAGUGAAAGGACAUCAUUUAAGGAGAGAGAAAGAAUUGAAACCUAACACAGGAACCAACAAUUCCUCAAGACUACCUUAAACAUGAGCGGAAUGGGUCUUUAUUAGUAAAGGACAAGGAGAAAGAAAGAAAGACAUAGAGGAGUUUUCCUUUCUUCCCUCUUAAUUUUAUGGAAAGGCAGUGACUUGGUUUUUUUUGUUUUUGUUUUAUGAAAAGGAUGCUGUUAGUUUUCUUCUCAUUGACAUUUUAAUAAGCUGAACAUUACUAGGACACAGAUCUGUCUCCUAAAAAGUACACAGUAAUAUGCACCUUUCGUAUUGUCAAGACUUUAUUUAUUGAUGAAACUGUCACGGUUGUGAUGAAUUAAGCCAGUACUUCAAUUACGGGUUGACUUGGGGUGACAUGUUACAAGCUGUAGUUGACACGCUUUCCUUUUACUUUUCAGGUAUUCCUUAUCCCUGAAUGACAUAUUUUUUACUUUUAAUUUUUAGCCCUGUUCUCUCCCUUCCUUAGAGAGCUUUUGAUUUAAUUUAGACUGGCAAAAUGAUUUUUAUUACUGCUUUUUAUAUUGCUAUAUGAUAUUUGGGGCGGGGGGACAAAACAAAACAGAUCUCUUGGCAUAACUAUUUGUGUUUUCCAGUACCUCAGUUGUUCUGAUGUUACUGCCUGUAUGCGUUUUUGUGAAGUGGUCAUGUUUUUUGGAUAGGUACAUGUGGACUCUGUAGUAUGUAAAUGUUACUUGAAUUUUGUGCUUAAUUAUAGUAUGUGGCAUGUGCGUACAGCUACUUGGCAUUUGAUGUAUGGAUGCUAUUUUGCCUGCCCUGCAGGAAGGUUUUGAUCCCACUCUCAAGCAGAUGGUUCAUAGUUCCUUAUCAAGAGACAAAGCUGCAGCUGACCUGCCUUGGUUCUAUUUUGGUAUCUAAGAAAAUAUAAAGAGUAAUGUUUUUACACUCUGAAGAUGGUGCUGUGUUGAGGGACUUCUUUUUUUAAAAAUGUUUAUUUUAUAAACUUGUAGGAAGAAAGAUUGGUGAUGUGCAUGGUGGGAUUUUACUGCCUCUGGUGCUUUGUCUUGUAUUUGGUUUAAUGUUUUUGUCCUAAUCUCUUCAAUAAACAAAAUUGUGCAUAUUUAACUAAA